AUGGCCAUGAAAGGGUUAGGGGAGAUCGAGGCAAUACCGUACAUUGAGAUAGUGAGAAACCGUCCAUGGCUGACGCAGAAAGCAAUCUGGACUAAUGAGAUGAUGAAAGCUGCUAUCAAGGCUGUGAAAGAAGAUAGCAAGAAACUUCGAGAGACUGCUCGAUUUUACAACAUUCCCGUGAUGACACUCCGUGAUCGACUACAAACAAAUAAUUCGAGUGAGGCACAGUUAGGACGAAAACCCAAGUUCACCAAAGAACAAGAAAACGAUAUAGCACAGCAGAAACCUGGGAAUAUUCUGGGUCCCAAAGGGGUAAAACAGGUUGGUGCUGCUACUAGUUGGGAACGGGGGAAAAAUAUAACCAUAUGUUGUGCUUUUAGUGCUGCGGGUACUUACAUCCCUCCAAUGUUCAUUUUCCCUAGGUUGAGAAUGAGCCCACUUUUGAAAAAAGAUAUAAAUGCAAUUUACGAAUGCAGCAAAAAUGGCUGGAUUAAUGAAGAUUUGUUUUUGGUAUGGUUGGACCAUUUUAUUGCCUACGCAAAACCAACAAAGGAGAGUCCUGUUUUGCUAAUCAUGGACAACCACACCACCCACACGACCUUAGCUGCCUACAACAAGUGCAAGGAUAACAAUAUUUUAGUAGUUACAAUACCUCCACAUACAUCACACCGACUGCAGCCUCUGGAUGUAACCUUUUACAGUUCCUUGAAGGCAGCCUUUGCUCGAGAGUGUGAUUCAUUUAUGAAAGUAUAUGCAUUUACCAAGAUAACUCCUUACGAUAUUGCAUCCCUGUUCAACAAGGCAUAUAUCAGAGUUGCAAACAUUGAAAAGGGAGUUUCGGGAUUUGACAAGACUGGAAUAUUUCCUUUAGAUACAGAAACAUUUUCAGAAGAGGAUUUUACAGUAUUGAAUCCUAAUGAAUCUGCACUUGUAUCAGUUGUCGAUGAAGAGCCACAAAAGAACAUCCACGAAAUUGCUGUACCAACAGUCGGGCAGGUACAACACGAAGCUUUAAAUCAUGGUCCUAAACCAUCAACGUCAAGACAUGACAUGGAUGUUGAUGAAACCAACCCUAAUGAAGAUCUUCAUCCUCCGAAAAACAUUUCGUUCAGUUCAUCAGAGGACGAAGAUAAAUGCAAGGAAAUAAUUCUGUGCGAUGACAAUGAAAUGGAUGACGUAGACCUUCUCAGCUUUGGAGAUUCUGGGGCCAUAUCAUGA